GCAGCGGCGAUGCCGCGGGAGAGCGGCGCGGCGGCCCUGGGCACGGCGCUGCUGGCGCUGGCGCUGGCCGGGGCGCCGGGCCGGGGGCAGAACUACGACUACUACGGCUGGCAGCCGGAGAGCCAGCCCCACGGGCGCUACUACGCCAGGGAGCCGCAGUGCGUGGACAUCCCGGCGGACAUGCAGCUCUGCCGCGACGUGGGCUACAAGCGCAUGCGGCUGCCCAACCUGCUGGAGCACGAGUCGCUGGGCGAGGUGAAGCAGCAGGCGGGCAGCUGGGUGCCCCUGCUCGCCAAGCAGUGCCACACGGACACCCAACUCUUCCUCUGCUCCCUCUUCGCCCCCGUCUGCCUCGACCAGCCCAUCUACCCCUGUCGCUCGCUCUGCGAGGUGGUGCGCGACUCCUGCGCCCCUGUCAUGGAGUCCUACGGCUUCCCCUGGCCCGACAUGCUGCACUGCGCCAAGUUCCCCUUCGACCACGACCUCUGCAUCACCGUGCAGUUCGGGAACAGGCAGGCCACCCCGCCGCCAGUGUCCAAGAUCUGCACCCAGUGUGAGAUGGAGCACAAGGCGGACGGCAUGAUGGAGCAGAUGUGCUCCAGCGACUUCGUGGUGAAGAUGCGCAUCAAGGAGAUGACGGAGGAGAACGGGGAGCGGCGCCUUGUGGCCGCCCAGAAGAAGAAGGUGCUGAAGCUGGGCCCGCUCAAGCGCAAGGACACCAAGAAGAUGGUGCUGCACAUGAAGAACGCAGGCGCCUGCCCCUGCCCCCAGCUCGACAACCUCAGCGGCAGCUUCCUGGUGAUGGGCCGCAAGGCGGGCGGGCGCCUGCUCCUCCUCGCCAUCUACCCCUGGCAGAAGCACAACAAGGAGAUGAAGUUCGCCGUGAAGUUCAUGUUCUCCUACCCCUGCCCACUGUAUCACCCGCUGCUCUAUGGGGCCGGGCAGCGCUAGGGCCCUGCCUGCUCCAUCCCAGGACUCCUGCCCUCACCGACAGGGCCAGAGCACCGACCCUGCUCUGCACCCCUGGGACCCCUGGCUGCACCCCUGGGGCCCUGCUCUUCACCCCUGGGACUCCCAGCUGCAUCUGUGGGAGCCUCGAUCUGCACCUGGACCCCUGCCCACACCUGGGCGCCCUGCUCUGCACCCUUGGGAGCCCUGCCCACCACCGGGAGCUUUGGCUGCACCCAGGACCCUCGAUCUGCGUCCUUGAAAGCCCAGCUCUGCACCGGAGACCCUUGGCUGCCCCUGACACCCCUGAGUCCCCUGCCCUGCACCCCAGUGACCUGCCCCAAGCCCUCAACCUUCCCAAAUUCCUACUCCAGCCCCUUGAGCAUCCCAUGUCCCCCCCCAACAGAGCUCACCCUGGAUCAUCCCGUCUUCACAGGGACCCCUCCAGCCAGGGCAGGUCCCUCUUGCCCCACUGUGCCCACCCACCUCCAGCCCCCAAGACCAAGUACAGGGAGCAGCACCAGACCCAGGCCCCCAGUUGGGGAUAGCCCAGGGCUGCGCAGCCCUGGUCCCCCCCAAGCUGUGGGGCUGGGCCUGAGCCCCUGCAGACAGCACAGGGCGCAGACCCACAGAAACGCCUCUGGCCCCUGCCGGAGCUCAUGCUCCCCUCCCUCCUGUCCCACACAGCUCACGGGGGCCAGGACAAGGCAGCUCACCCCCAAACCCUUCCAGGGCAGCCCCACGGUCCCCCCCCAGCCAGGUGCCCUGGCCCCGCUGCCCCAGCGCACAGUACCACGUGCUGCAGUAAAUUAUUCUCCCUCGGAGAAGACCCAUGUCCGGCUCCCUGUGGUUCUUGGGCAAAUGCCCCUCCUGGCUCCCUUCCUGGGGCUGGGAAGGGUGCAAAGGGGGCCCCAGCCCAGGGGGCUAAGUGGAGGGAACCCAGAGAGUGGGGCAAGCCCAGAGAGUGGGGCAACACUAGGGCCCAGCCCUUAUCUGCUCCCAGCGCCAUGCCCAGAGCCCAAGGCUGGGCAGCGCAGCCAAGCUGAGGGCCCAGCAGCCACAAGCAUCUCUGGUCCUUGAGGGGCGCCCAGCACCUCUUUGCAAGGGGAAGAGCUCCCCUGUCACCUCUCCAACCCUGGGUCAUCUCUGGGAGCUGGGGGGGGGGAGGGGGGGCACAAGGGAAAGGGCUGUCACUGCUGCUGGAGCCCCACAGCCAGGACUGCAGGCGCUUUGCAAGAGAGGCAGCUUCCACCAUCACCCUGGGGAUGGAUCCGGGGAUGGAAGUUGGAGGCACACACAGUGAGGGUGGCAGUGCCGACCCUGGACCAGGGGCAUCCUCCAUCCACACCACCUGAGUGCCCCAGGCAUGGGCAGCUCCCUGCCAGACCACCCACACCACAGGGUGCCCCAUGGGUGCCCCAGGGACACCUCCACCACCUGCAUCCCACACUUGGCACCGGGGCUGGCCCCUCUGCUGGUGCUCUGGGCUCUGCUUCCUUGGUCCUGGAGCAGGGGCUGCCUCUGCCCCAAAGCCACCCCCCACGGCGGCUCUGGCAGGAGCCCUCUCUGCAGCCAGGGCGGGCGAAGGGGCCAGCCCCCCUGCCCUCGUCCGGAUCCGGCCCUGUUUACCCAGCGCAUUCUUGAGUCGGCUGCGUCACAGCGCGUCCCGCCGGGUUAUCCAGGCACGAAGGCGGCCGCCAGGAUAUUUACCCAGCGCCUGGCGGCCUCACACUGCAGCCUCUCACAGGAGCCGGCCCUGCCAGAGGGGAGGCUCCUGGGACAGGAGGGCGACUAAGGCUGGGGGGCAUCUGCACUCAGGGUCCUCCCACACGCCCCCAGCCAGCCGAUGAGGCCUCCUCACCUGCCCCAUGGCAGGGAAGACCCCUACUCAUAGCGUCACCCUCAGCCCCA